AGCCCGGCGACAGGGGGCGCCAAGGAGCCAGGGAGAAAAACGUAAGGCGCUGGCGGGAGUCUCCAGGAGGUGCUGCCCCUACUUCCCACCUCCCCGCACCCCUGCCCUCAGAUUGGGGCUUUGGAGGAUGCAGCCGGGAUAUUGCUGGAACGAUUUGGAAAUUGAACAUGUUUUUGACGUCAUUUGAAAAUGGAGGAGUAAAAAGAGAAAAACAUUAACUUUUGGGCUACGUCCACAAUUGAUCAUCUACAUGGGCAUUCCCUCCUCCCACAAUUUCAGAAGACCCUUCAUUACUGAGAAAAUGCAGAAGCUCUUCCAAACAGAUGAAAUUACCAAUACCCAAGCUUUUAGAAAAGGAAAGAGGAAAAGGACAGAGACAAUGGAAUCAGAGAAUGCAAAUAGUGACAUGGAUAAAGGACAGAGAGAUCCAUAUUCGGGAAAUGCCUUUCUGCCUGCUGAGAGCUCCAGUGAGGAUGAAGAACCUUUAGCAGAAUUGUCAAAGGAGGAAUUAUGCACCAAAAUAAAAAGUCUGAAACAAAAACUAACAAACACCCGGAAAGAAAAUAGCCGACUCCGACAGUCUUUGGUCAUGCUUCAAGUGUUACCACAGGCAGUUACCCAGUUUGAAGAACUAGUUGGCAUGGCGGAGGCUUUGCUUAAGGGUGGAGGAACCAUGUCUACAUCUGCAUCCAACCUCUGGAGAGCAACGAACAACUCCUCCCCAGAUUCAUUUGCCUCAACAUGUAGUAAUUCUAAUUCUAAUUCCAAUUCACCAGUUUCCUUGAAAGCUGAGGAAGAACAUCAUACUGAUGAGAAACAGUUCAAAAUUGAAAAAUGGCAGAUUGCCCGUUGUAAUAAGAGCAAGCCUCAGAAGUUUAUUAAUGAUUUAAUGCAAGUACUUUACACAAAUGAAUACAUGGCCACACAUAGCCUGACGGGUGCAAAAUCCUCUACUUCAAGGGACAAAGCUGUAAAACCAGCUAUGAAUCAGAAUGAAGUUCAAGAAAUUAUAGGAGUCACAAAACAGUUAUUUCCUAAUACAGAUGAUGUUUCAAUUAGGAGAAUGAUAGGGCAAAAGCUAAAUAACUGUACCAAGAAGCCAAAUUUAAGCAAAAAUCUUAACUCUCAAGAUAUUAAGUAGAUCCUUUGGUUCUCUAGGUAUCUGAAAUGAAUUACCUUUAGUUCUAAAUCUAUAAUUGGAUUUUAUUGGAGAAUCUGCAACUUCAUUGGCAGUGAACACAGAGAGACAAGCGCAGUGUCAGUCUGUGAGACAUCUAUAUUGCUGGGCUUUUUGGAUGGAGCAACAACCUUGCUGAAGAAAAUGCAUGUAGAUUCUAUCCUAGACAUCACUGAUGCAUCAAACUAGAGAAUUUUCAGCACUCAAAUAAGCAUGCGGUAUGGUUUCUUUGGAAAUAUACAUUUCCCCAUCCCCAAAUACUUCUCUGUUCUGCUAAUAUAACAGAAUAAUGAGAGCUCUUAUCAUAGCUACAAAAAUUUCAACCCUUAAAAAUUAGUCAUUGUCCUAAGCAAUCAUUGCACAUUAAUUAUUACUAGUGACCCCUUCCCCCCGUUAUAGUUUUUAUCUUAAGCAUAAACCCAUGUUUGGGUCUACUGACAGUGAAAUAAUCAAUGGUCACAAACAUGAGGGCAGCAAGGUCAGCCUAAAAUCUGAUAAUCAAGUGUAGCCAAUAACAGUGUUUUAGCAAUAAAAUAAGAGGAUUAUUUGGUUAUCUGAAAUAUGAAAAAAAAAGUUGCAAGACCUUUUAUUUUAAUAUUAAACUAUUCCUCCAUGCUCCUGAAAAACAAAUCCAAGAUUUGUGAUACAAUCAAUGCAUCCACUUUCAGAAUAAUCUUUUUCUUUUGUUUACUCAACAUACUUCUUUUUAUUGCCCAAAAUAUAUUAAAUAUAGAUGUAAAAUAUAACACAUCAAUAUCAUCUAAAAUGUUCUCUAUAAGGUAUAGCAUUAUAUAUAAUGGUUCAGUUAUAUAGCUACCAUGCUUAGUUUUAACUGGUUUAUUUUCAUUGUAUCAGAAGUAAAAGGAAUUGAAAACAAAACCCUCUGGGUUUGAUAACUGCACAAAAAGAAAAAUACCAUUUUGUAAAUAGCAAAUGAUAAAACAUUCUUCAUCAAGAGAUUUUUCACUUACCAUCAGGUUGUCUCAUGUUACACACUGCAAUGCCAAGCCAUAGUUCUUCAGUGUACAAAGUCAUAUCUAAAACUUGAAAAAGAGGAGGUAUACAAUAAUUACAAAGUUCAGUAUUGUGGACCAAGGGAAAAUUCCAUAAAUGUUGCUUGAUGAUAAUAAUGUGGUUGUACAAAAUAAAUAUUCUUAAUAACUUAAAUAACAUUUGCUACUUUUAUUUAAGCAUAAAUAAACCCCA